AAGAUGGCGGCGGGGAGGUAAGAUGGCGGCGCAGCAACGCGAGGUGGUUAGCACUGAGUCUCUUGGCCGACUUCAGGUCCCGUCUCAGCAGCAGCGGUGAUCGCUGAGCGCAGACUGCCUACGGUAGGCAGCCAAGAUGCCGAAUAUGAAGAUCUUCAGCGGCAGCUCCCACCAGGACUUAUCCCAGAAAAUUGCUGACCGCCUGGGCCUGGAGCUAGGCAAGGUGGUGACCAAGAAAUUCAGCAAUCAAGAGACCUGCGUGGAGAUUGGAGAGGGCGUACGUGGAGAGGAUGUCUACAUUGUUCAGAGUGGUUGUGGCGAAAUCAGUGACAAUCUAAUGGAGCUUUUGAUCAUGAUUAAUGCCUGCAAGAUUGCCUCGGCCAGCCGGGUUACCGCGGUCAUCCCAUGCUUCCCGUAUGCCCGGCAGGAUAAGAAGGAGAAGAGCCCGGCUCCCAUCUCGGCCAAGCUUGUGGCAGAUAUGCUCAGGGUGGAAGGCGCGGAUCGUAUUAUCACCGUGGACCUGCAGGCUUCUCAGAUCCAGGGCUUUUUUGAUGUCCCAGUGGACAAUUUGUAUGCAGCGCCAGCCGUCCUGCAGUGGAUACGGGAGAGCGUCUCCGAGUGGAGGGACUGUACUAUUGUCUCACCCGACGCUGGAGGAGCUAAGACAGUGGCCUCCAUCGCCGACCGGCUGAACGUGCACUUUGCUCCGGUUCACAGAGGACGGAAGAAGGCCGACGAAGUAGACCGCGUGGUGCUGGUGGGAGACGUGAAGGAUCGAGUGGCCAUCCUGGUGGAUGACAUGGCCGAUACCUGUGGCACGAUCUGCCUCGCGGCCGACAAACUCCUCUCAGCUGGAGACUCCAGGGUGUAUGCUGUCUUGACUCAUGGAAUCCUCUCUGGCCCGGCCAUCUCUCGCAUUAACAGCGCAUGCUUUGAAGCAGUCGUGGUCACCAAUACCAUACCUCAGGAGGAUAAGACGAAGCAUUGCUCCAAAAUACAGGUGAUCGACAUCUCCGCGAUCCUGGCAGAAGCCAUCAGGAGAACUCACAACGGGGAAUCAGUUUCCUGCCUGUUCAGCCACGUCCCUUUAUUUAUUUAUUUAUUUAUUUUAAUUUUUAUUUAUUUUAUGAUGAAUUCCAAUCUGUAUUGGGUCGGCAUUGGCUUAGGCGGACACGCUGGCGGGCUGUCGACCAGGGGUCUUGAGGAGACAUCCCUUGCCCUUGCCUGGAGGAUGGGGUCCUCAUCUGCAAGGAGGAUGGGAGUCCUCAUUUGUAAGGAGGAUGGAGGUCCCCAUCUGUAA